UCUUCACUCCACCACAGACGGUGUUGCUCACAGCACACGGAUCAAGGAAGCUCACAGCCAGGAACAUUUGUUUGUCGCCCCUCUUUUACAGCAGCAACAGCAUCACAUAAAUAAAUAAAUAAUAUCAACUAAUUUAAAUAUUCUCAAUCACAACAACAACAACAUAAUUAACUGAUUACAAAUUUGCAUGGCCAGCUUCGGUGGAACUUGCAUUGGUGACAGUAAAUUUGAAUAGGAGCCUCCUAUUAGGGAGGACGAAUAACCAAAAUUUUGUGAUUUUAACAUAACAAAGGAUUAACAUUUAAUACAUCAUUCAUUCCAUUUUUAAAGGGUGGAUCCGAAAUUGGGAAGAAGUAAAGUUAAAACUGUUUUAAUUUAGUCGUUAUUACUGGACAAAAUUUCCUAUAUGAGAGAUGUAAACGAUUAAAUAAACUUGUUUUAAGAAGGCGAUUCCCUGGAUUAGUGGAGAGAGGGGAUUAAGUCGAAGAUCGGUCAUUAACCUGCCGUUAAGUAAUUAUGUUACUGUUGAUAAGGCCUUAUCAUUGAUUAUCAAGCAGUGUGAAGAGCAAUUGGGCAGCGACGUACAUUCAUGUAUGCACACAAGAUAUCACGGUUCGAAUUAGAUUGUACGAGUUUCGAGUAAUCCACAACCUCUAGACUGAGUACACACAUUCUUGCCUCGCCAACUACAUGAUGAUGGCGACAAUCUCAAUAAUAACCGCCACCACUUGAUCAGUUCGUAAUGGAGCUAAAAGUUUGGGUUGAAGGGAUUCAACGCAUUGUUUGUGGGGUCAACGAAAAAACAACAUGUCAAGACGUUGUGUUCGCCCUGGCACACGCAACCGGAAAGACUGGACGAUUCACAUUAAUUGAGCGAUGGCGUAACAGUGAGCGACUGCUGGCACCCAGUGAGCAACCUUUAAAGGUGCUGUUGAACGGCGGUAGGGGCGAACAUUCGAACGACAUGCAAUUUAUCCUACAGUGGUCUCCACUGGAAUCUGCCACCAACGCCUCAAAUAGAUCUGGUCAGGUGCCUCUGCAGAAAGUGCAAAGGGUCGUGGAGAGCAGUUGCAGUGAUAACAGUUCAUCCCAUUCCCCAUCGCCUCUCUCAAAACCUAACCACCAAUUUACCACCACUGGAUCUCCUAGUACCUUAAUUGGACCAAUUGGUGGAACUCUUCAACCAAAUGGUCCCAAGAAAAAUUCCGGAUCGUCCUCCUCCUACACUUCCAACGACUCGAGAUUGUGGAGUCCCUUUAGUCAAAAUGGUCCCAAUGGAUCCUCUGCCACUAUGCUGCCCAAUACGGAAACUUUUAAUGAUAUAAGAUCCCAACCACCAUCCGCUUCAGGAAGUGUAAGGGGUGGAGCACCGACUCAAAGAUUACCACUUGACCACGUGUUUUAUGGGAACAAACCGAGUGAGAAAUCAAGUAUAAGUAGUCCACCACCGUAUAGAGAACCUCCAAGUCCCUCCUCGGCCCAUAAUAAUCAAACCCCGCCAUUGGCAUCACCUCAAACUGUGAACAUGGUGGGGAUGAAAAGCUUACCUCCGUACAGAGAACCUCCUCCACCAAAUCUCACUGGUCCCCCCAAUUUUGCCGUCAAGAACAUCAAUAGCAACAGCAGCAAGUGCAACUCUCCAUCCACGUCGUCCUUGGGGACGAAUGCAGGGUACAAUGACGGAAACAAUAGUGGAAUGAUGUCUGCAAACAAUGUGAUGAACGGUGGUGGUGUCCACGGCUUUAGUAUUCCCAGUCAGAAUGAUUUCGUCAAGUAUGCAUCCCCUAGUUCACAGCAACAAGACUCUCUUUCCUCUGGUGUCAGUUCAAAUGAUGUAGAAAGCUGGAAAAAUAAGGAUCACAGUUUGAUGAAUGGCGAUAGCUCAUCUAAUCAAAAUGGGUCGUCCAACCCUAAAGUCUCACCCCAGUCUUACUCCUCUAACACUAACUCUCAUUACCGAGAAUUAAUACGAGUUGUAAAUUCUCAACGAGAAAAACUGACAUCCCAACAAGCCGAACUGACUCAAUACGACGCAGAGAUAAUGUUCUGGGAGGGGAAGUCCAAAGAGCAGCAGAAGCACAUGGAUCUUAUAAACAAAGAAAUCUCACGCUUGGAGGUCGUCAGUGCACAACAUGAAAGUCAAGCCUUGUCCCUAGCUCAUCUCGAGGAGGAGUGUGAAUACACGCAGAGAGAGUCGGUAGCUUUAAAAUCUGAAAUCAACAAUUUGCGUGCAGAGCUUGAGAAAUGUGACGAUGAAAUUGAUCAAUGCAAACAACGCAUUAGUGUUCUGAUGGAAGAAUUACACUUAACCCAACACCUUAUGAACCAGCGACAGCAAGAAUGGUUAGAGAAGGAGGCGGCUACUCUCGCAGAGAUUGAAGGACUACGGAAGGACCUAGAUGUGGCGAGAAGGGAAACUGACACGGCCAAGGAUCUGUCCGUGAGCUUAGACAAAGAAGUGCAGUCUAUCGAGACCAGUUUGGAUGAGAAGAAGAAGCAGAUGGAACGCCUGAUUGCAGCCAUGAAAGAAGCGAAUCUUCAGAGCUUAAGUAUCCAACCUCCAGAAGACCUUAUAGAUCUUGUGCACCACAGGUCUGGAAGCACACGACGAAUGAUCGGAUCUCCACGACAGUUGGAAAAUGCGGCACCCACGAGCAAAAAUCCUCACGGGGUUUGGGUCUGAAUACAGAAAGUCACUUAGUCAUUGAUGUUAGUUGAUCAAGCCAAUGCAUCACUAUUAUAUUAUAUUGUUAUAGUAUAUCGUUAUAUUAUAUACCAUAUAUUGCGCCACGUUUUCCUAAUUAUGAUUGAAUAUUAUCGUAUAUUGUAUACACAUUUUGUUCAGUUCGGCGUGUACACAUAGACUAUAUCCCACAUCAAUCCAAUGACUUGCAACAUUAUCGUAUUCCGCUAAAAAAGUAUGAAUCUAAUAAUAUAUCCACUUGAAAAAUAGGCAUAUUAUAUGUAAUUCAGUCGUCUAUUCACUACCGUAUAAUUCCCUAAUUUUGGUAUAUCCAACAAUUUUCCCAAUGUCGUCCUAGUUUUUUUCUAAAUUUGAAGCCUGAGUUUAUAUCGGUUAAUUUUUUACACUAUUAUUACCACCGCCACCGUAUUGCUAGCUUAUAUAUAUAUAUAUAUAAGAUAUAUAUAUAUUAAUGUGUGUAUACAUAUACGACUUCCCUUUGUGUUCCAGUUGUCAUUUCAGUAUUAGCUUUAACGAUGAUGGCUUAUGACGUUACAAAAAAUAAUAAAUUAUGCGAUUGUGACUCGUUA